CAGGCUCAAUUUGCGCACAUCCAUAAUAACUUGAACAACGCGCUAGGAGUUAAACUGUAAGCCAAUAGUUAAGCUUCUCCAAGAGUGCAAAAACAACAAAGUCAAGGUAAUAAAAGAGAUAGAGGCGUCAAGUUCUGCACUAAAGCGUAACAUAACGAGCUCUGACGCUCAUAUUCGACAUGGAAAUGGAAACCAUAUCAACAUUCGCUAAGAAACUUUGGUGUGUCAAGAAACAACUUAUUCUUUUCCUCACUCCACUUAUUCUUCUCCCGCUACUUUUCGGGCUACCAGAAAAGGAGGGGAAAUGCCUGUACGUGGUGCUGCUGAUGGCUGUGUUCUGGUGCACAGAGGCUCUUCCCUUAGCUGUCACUGCCAUGCUACCUGUUUGCCUCUUUCCAACCAUGGGAAUUCUUCCAUCCAAAAAAGUCUGCCCCCAGUACUUCCUCGAUACCAAUUUUCUCUUUCUCAGUGGUCUUGUUAUGGCGUCAGCUAUUGAGGAAUGGGGUCUGCAUCGCAGAAUAGCUCUGAAAGUUCUUAAGAUUGUUGGAGUCAAACCAGCCUGGUUGAUUUUGGGAAUGAUGAUCACCUCUGCCUUCCUGUCCAUGUGGCUCAGUAACACCGCAACAACGGCCAUGAUGCUUCCCAUUGCUAACGCCAUCCUGGAGAGUCUCUUUGGAGACCUGGACACUCUGAAGGAAAACUGUAAGGUGAAAGAUGAGACAGAGGGUCAAGCACGAGUAAAGCUGCAUGCACUGCCCUCUGAAAAACAGAUCUUGUCAAUAGACGGACCUGAUCGGAUGGAGCGUUCAGAUGGGAGUACUGCAGAGGAGAUCAGGACAGAGUCAGAGUACCAGAUGAAGGUGUGGAAAGGCUUCCUGAUAUGUAUCCCGUACGCUGCCAGUAUCGGAGGGACUGCCACCCUGACAGGCACUGCACCAAACCUCAUCCUCAUUGGACAACUUAAGAGUUACUUCCCAGAGUGCGACUUGAUCAAUUUUGGCUCUUGGUUUGCAUUCGCAUUUCCUCUCAUGGUGUUCUUCCUCAUCUUGGGAUGGCUAUGGAUUUCUUUCCUCUACGGGGGCCUGAAUACACGGUUGUGUGUGAAGAAACAGGACGAAAGAGCACAAGCAGAGGCGAAGGCUGAGGCCGUGAUUGAUGAAGACUACAGAAAACUAGGCCCCAUAAAUUUUGCAGAAGGAGCCAUCGCAUUCUUUUUCAUUUUGUUUGCCGUUCUCCUGUUUACAAGAGAUCCUAAAUUUGUAACUGGAUGGUCCACGUUUUUCAACAAAGGGUAUGUGUCAGAUGCGACCACUGGAGUGAUCAUUGUGUCAAUCCUAUUCUUCUUCCCUUCCCAAAAGCCCUCUCUUAGCUGGUGGUUUGAUUCUAGAGCACCAAAUACUCCAUAUGUUCCUCUACUAUCAUGGAAGAAAGCACAGGAAUGUGUCCCAUGGAAUAUCAUUCUGUUGCUGGGUGGAGGCUUUGCCAUGGCCAAGGGAUGUGAGGAGUCAGGACUGGCGGCGUGGAUAGGAGCCUACCUCCAGCCUAUCGCUCAGGUCCCUCCUGCUGUGGCAGUCAUGUUUAUCACCGCUUUCCUGGCCUGCUUCACAGAGUUCGCCAGCAACACCGCCACCAUUAUCAUAUUCCUGCCCGUCAUCGCUGAACUGGCUAUGUUUGUCAAGGUGAAUCCUCUUUACUUCAUGAUACCUGCGACAACAGGAUGUUCAUUUGCCUUCAUGUUGCCAGUCUCCACCCCGCCCAACUCCAUUGCCUUUGCAUCUGGCCAUCUUCUGGUGAAGGACAUGUUACCCCCAUCAGACAACUGUGUAACUUCACAUGCACUGUUGCCAAGGAGAAUGAAGAGCAUUACUGAGUGCAUGGGCUUUGGCUUUUCAUUGAGGCAAAAACCUUGGGGUGCCAUGAAGACCACUCUACAGUAUCUGUGGGAUGUUUACUCAAAACCAACCCAGGCUGCCAAGGAGGUCCUGACAUUACUUUCUAUGUGUUUCAUUAUCGCCAUGGUGACUGGUGGUCUCCUCUACCAUUGGAUGACAGAGAUCCUGAGAUAUGACAGUGGUACUUCCAGCACUGCUGCCUGCAUCUAUAGCGUGGCCAUCCUUUUCCUCUCGUUCCUCUGUCAUCCUCUCCGUUGUGUGCUAACUAUGAUCCUGCCCACUCUGGGCACCAAACAGGGGCGCAAGCUGAUCAUUUCCACCUCUGUGAUUGUGUUAGUGUUGAGCAUCAUCCUUAACAUAACCGUUAACAUGGGAGUGGUGAUGCACGUUUUAAAGUGCACCUCUGAAGGUUUUGUCCACUCUCUUUUAAACUCAUCUGAGCUGUUUCAAGAAGCAAAGAGAGAUCUUGUUAGAGAGGCUAUCAAAGUGAAACAGGAAGAACUGAAUAUUGUUAACAGGUUGAGGAAAUUUGAUCAUUUUACACACAUUGAUGUGUCAAAGGUCAAAAAUAUGUUUGUUACUGUAAGCAAACAGAUUGAGAGUGACUUUUCACGUGCCAAUAAACUGCUGGAGGAUUAUAAACUUCUGUCAAACAGGAUUCUGGCGGCCAUCUUUCUAAUCUACCUGAUAGUUGAAUCAGCCUACUACCUGAAGUCAUAUGUCAUUUCAGUUAAGUUUGACAACGUUUACAUCACCAGACAGUUGCUGCAAAAAGCAUCUGAGGAUGGAAUCCAGAUAGAGCCAACUAACUUGAAAAAUAUGGUUCAUUCCACAAGUUGUAAAAUAACAAAACAGGAAUUUACCAAAUGUCUUGCUCCCAUAGUAGUGGUGACUUUGUAUUUUAUUGUUAUCAUCUUCAUAAUGGUUUUGGAUCACAUUGUGUACCAUCUAGUUACAGUGAGUGGGCCUUGGCUGCUAAAUGUUCCAGCUACAUCUGUCAACAUAGCUGUGAAAUAUAAGAUUCACCUGCGCUUUCCAGGUCUAUGUAUUAUCCCAGCUAUCUGUAGGGAUACAGAACUGGCAAACCUCCACAAGCAGUAUGACUGGACAUUUAGCCCAGAGGCUUUACGCUGUUAUAUUGAGCCCUCUGCACCAGACCUGAGAGUGAGGGUCUUCCUGGGACUACUCUGUCUGGUGAGCUACAUCAUGGUGUUACUGGAGGUCUACGCCAGGCGCAUCCGCAGGAAAGUGUCUGCAUCCUUCUUCAAAACGCAGGAGGAAAAAAGAAUUAAUUUCUUAUUGAAGAAGAUACAGGCGAAACAGGACACAAGAGAAAACAAUAUAUUUUUAAUUGAAGCUGUGAAUGAGACCCGCGUUCACACAAACCGAAACGUAAUUUGAAGCUUGACUUGCUGUCAUUAUAUGUAGUUUAGGGAGACCUCUGCUUUUAAUACGUUCACUGCUCCUCUUGAGCUAUUGCCGUUAUAAUAGAUUUAUUUUAGAAUUGGAGAAAACCCUCCUCAGUCUCCCCAGCUGUCAGCUGAGAGAAUUUGUUGAUUCGAUUUGUCCAUAUUUUCAGAUUGAACUGAUUCUGCAAUAUACAAAUGAAAAGCAUGGAAUAAAAAAUGUAACUUCAAAGUGAUACAAGCAUGCUUAUCCCUGUGUUACAAUACAAUUGAUGAAUUCAGUGCCAACAUCCUGCUCUCCAUGAGCCAAAGGGCCUGUUGAGAACAGGACAGGGCAUCCUGUUACUGAGUCACAGUCAUAUGACCUUUCUCCUGGUCGUGGAGCACCCCUCUUACGCCCACAUUGCCUCGUCUCAACAACACUCAUGAAACCAUGUUUGUAGGCUUAAUGAAGAAAUAAAUACCAUAUAACAGACUA